AUGGGCUCCAGUAGCAGCUCGGAGGCCGCAGCUGCCGGGCCAAUAGACACUGAGGCCGCAGCUGCCGUGGCAAUAGACCCUGAGGCAGACAAAGCUGCAGCUAAAAGCUGCAAGGACAUGCAUCAGGCCGCCAAGGAGGGCAACGUGGGUGCCGUGAGGCGCUUCCUGCGUGUCGACCCCGAGAGCCUGGAGAGCACGGACUUGUUGGGCCAGACGGCGCUGCAUCCGGCGGCUGAGAACGGCCAUGCCGCCGUGGUCGAGCAGCUGAUCUCUGCGGGGGCCACGGUGCACGCGGCCAACAAAGCCGGCUGGAUGCCGCUGCAUAGGGCGGCUGUGAACGGCCACGCCGCCGUGGUCGAGCAGCUGAUCUCUGCGGGGGCCACGGUGGACGCGGCCGACAACAACGGCUGGACGGCGCUGCAUCGGGCGGCUGAGACACGCCAUGCCGCCGUGGUCGAGCAGCUGAUCUCUGCGGGGGCCACGGUGGACGCGACCAGCAACGACGGCCGGAUGGCGCUGCAUUUGGCGGCUGAGAAAGGCGACGCUGCCGUGGUCAAGCAGCUGAUCUCUGCGGGGGCCAAGGUGGACGCGGUUGACAACAAAGGCCGGACGGCGCUGCAUUGGGCAGCUAAGGAAGGCCAUGCCGCCGUGGUCGAGCAGCUGAUCUCUGCGGGGGCCAAGGUGGACGCGGCCGACAACAAAGGCCAAACGCCUUACGACCUGGCUGAGGAUCAGCGCUACCGCAGCGGCCACCGCCAGGUGAUGGGCCUCCUGCGCCCAGUCUUUGUGGCUCUGCUGAGUGGCCGAAGCUGCCGUUGUGAUCCUUCACAGGACCGCACUGUGUUGCAGUUGAAGGAAGAAGCGGAGAAAAAGCUCGGCGUCAAGAUUAAACACAUCAUUGGACAAAACCAGGAGCCAUUGGAUGAAAGCAUGGAGCUUGCUGCAGCGCAGAUUGUGCCGGGCAACACAUUGACCGCCGUGAUUUCAGAAGAUGCUCUCGAAGAGGGACAUCCUGAAGCACAGGCGCCUGCCCAACCUGCAGACCCCUCCAUGCCCGAGGAUGGCGUCAAAAUCAAGGACUUCCCGCACGGCAUUCGCCUGAUAGCGCAGCAGGCCAUUUUCGAGGCCUUCGAUCCACAAAUCGAGGUUCUCGAGAACUGGAACGACUUGAAGGACGUCUCAGCUCUGGAAGAGGUGAUGCCUGCCGGCCACGUGCCCCUGGGUCGACUUCUCCGGCUCACUCCGGAAGAUCGAACCUUCCCUGCGCCAGUGAAGGUGGAGAUGCCGACAUGUGCUGGUGCACAGGAUCUAUGGAGGUCAACGGCCAGCGGAUGGGAGAAACUGGACACGGUCACUUUCCAUGACACGGCCAUCGCAACGGUGGAAUUGGACCACUUUUGCGAGAUGGUGGUCACCGGAAAGCCUCAUCCACUCAAAGCCCGUGGGUUUCUGCAUCCAGAGGGUGAGAAUGCGCAGGUGGUCAUAAUGCACGUCGGAUGUGAAUCAUGUGAGGGCGGCUUAGAAGCGCUUUGCUCGGAUGCAGAUGUGUUGCAACACUUCCGGAAAUGUGGCCCCAGCAGGCAACUGGGAAUGUUUCACCAUGAUGAAGAUCUAGAAAUCAAGCAGGCGGACCAAACAUCAACGGUGAAAAUCCGAUUUCACCGGAUGCCACUGAUGUCACGGGAACUGGACGCCCAGUCAAGGCAACGCUUUGAUGUGGAGAUCGAGGGAGAAAACCAUUGCUUCAAGGUUCGGCCAGAAGACGCAAGUGCAACAGUUGCAGCAGCCGCAACAGCCGCAACAGCAGCAACGGCCACAGCAGCCGCCACAGCCGCAACAGCAGCAACGGCCACAGCAGCCGCAACAGCUGCAACAGCCGCAACAGCAGCAACGGCCACAGCAGCUGCAACAGCUGCAACAGCCGCAACAGCAGCAACAUCUGCAGAGCCCAUGACACCAAAUCCUGGACUUGGGCCGCGUGCAGCUGCAUCUGCACAGGCGGCGUCGUCACAGCAAGGACACUUGUUGUUGAGCGGACGCUUCAACAGUAAUGAGAUUAUUGAGUACAUGAAGACAGUGAAGAAGCAGCUGGAAGCUCGAAAUGUACCUGUUUUCAUGGUUGAAGCAACCGUCGGCCAAAGUUUUGCUGACCUGACACGGAUAGGAUUGUGCCGUGCCAAAGGCAUGGUAACAUUUUGCACGUCGGAAUAUGGGGCAUACACUGGUGUAGGAUAUGAAACUUUCCAUGAGCUUGAAUUUGCUCAUGACCACCGGUUGCCCUUGUUUCCGAUUAGGCUCUGCGAGCAGUGGCCACCAGCGCCGCAGAACAACGAACGAGGCAUCUAUCAGAAUCAAUUCGUGUUCAAGAAUGGCCUGGUGUACAUAGAUGAUCGGCAGAUGAAUAAGGCCCAAAGUGUUGCUGACCAGAUUGCUGAAUCUGUCGCACGAAUGGGCAUCUUCCGAGUUAAGCUGCAGCUUUAAAGAUUGCGGGAGCACGCCUCGGG